AUGCACUUCCCGGCCAUGGCUACUCUCACUGCACUCUUCGCCGCAACGGCGUUCGCUCUCCUUGCCGGGAGUGAAGCAGAAGAAUUCCUUCCAUACGCUGGACCGGACAACUACAUCAUCCAGAACGUUAAAACUGGGACUGUCCUUGAUCUUCUUAACGGACGUCCUGGCCCAAACACCCCUCUCAACGGCUACCAACUGAAUCCAGGUCCGCACCAGAGAUGGUAUGUUGCGUCAACAGGCGCUAAUGACGACGUCAUGAUUGUCAAUACUGCCACGGGGGCCAUUGCCUCUUGCCCCCACAGUGUAAAUGCGCCAAAUGGGUGGUAUCAAAUGAUUGGCGGGGAGGUCCCUGUUGACGGCUACUCUCGAUUCAAUAUGAUCCCCAAUAAAGACAGCAGUGUUCAAUUCAAGAACCAGGCCAAUGGCUGGUGCAUGGACAUGGCGCAGUCAAGCUCUGCGGAUGGGACUAACGUGCUGUGCUACCCCUGUCAUCCCGGGGUUGGCACCAACCAGAAUUGGGUUAUGGUUCUUGCAUGA